CCCCCACACGGUCCCUGCGCAACCUUCCAUCACUCCGCCCUCCAACACCAAAAGUCGCAACAACAACAACCCGCCAUUCUCAUACCUCCCUUGCACCACCGCCACCGCACCCACGCACCCGCACCAAUCCUCCAGCUGUGCCUCUCGCCAACCAUGUUAUUCUUCAGCUUCUUCAAAACCCUCGUCGAGCACGAAAUCACGGUGGAACUCAAGAACGAAGUGCAGAUCCGCGGGACGCUCAAGAGCGUAGAUCAGUAUCUGAAUAUUAAGCUGGAUAAUGCCGAGGCGGUGGAUGAGUUGAGGUGGCCGCAUUUGUGCUCAACCAAAGACAUGUUCAUCCGCGGCUCCGUAGUACGCUAUGUACACUUGCCUUCGGGCGCGGUCGAUACGGCGUUGCUAGAGGAUGCGACGAGGAGGGAGGCCGAGGCGGCGAAGAAUAAGGCGAAGUGAAGAGGGUGCUAGGGAGGUAUGAAGGAGAGGCAUGUGGGAUUCUGAGAGAGAGAGAGAGAGGCGGGGAGGGGAUAAGGAUAUUGAGAGCGCUGGUGGUGGGUGGUCUGGAGUGUGCACAGGAUGAAUGGGAAAUGGCAUUUACGAGGGUAAUGAGGGAUAGGGCGUAAGGAAUUGUGGGAUACCCAUCUGAACGAGAAAAAAAAGAAGAGAAAGAAAUGAAUACCAUCAUCUCGGUUUCUGAGGCUUGACAGAGAGAGAGAGAGAGAAGGGGGGCAGGAGGACUCGAGAGAUCUGGUUGUCGUGAACAUUUGUUGAAUAAACAUAAACAUUGGGCAGCGGC